CCUCAUUCUCUCCUCCCAGCUGCUUCCUCUUAACAUUUGAGCCUGUGCUGUUGCCUGCUGCCUGCCUCCAUCUUUGAAAAAAUGGGCAACAAUGCUGCCAUGACGCGAAGUUUUCCCCUAUUCCUACUUCUGGUCUACAGUUUGACUCCAUCUUGGGGUCAUAGCCCUCGGACAUCGGACCAUGUGUCGGAGGCGGAGAUCCAACAUCUUUUCCACAAGGUGAUGGAGGAACUUGGCAUCGCCCGGCCCAGGAUGGAGUAUACUGCUCACCAGGCUAUGAAUCUUGUGGGUCCCCAGAGUAUUGAAGGUGGUGCUCAUGAAGGUUUGCAGCACUUGGGACCGUACGGAAAUAUUCCAAAUAUUGUAGCAGAGCUUACCGGAGACAACAUUCCCAAGGACUUCAGAGAAGAUAAAGGAUAUCCAAACCCUCCGAACCCUUGCCCUGUUGGGAAAACAGGUGAUGAUUGCCUUGCGGACACGCCAGAUACAGCCCAGUUCAGCAGAGAGUACCAACUACACCAGAAUCUCUUUGACCCAGAACACAACUAUCCUGGAGGAGUGAAAUGGAACAAGAAGCUGCUCUAUGACAAAAUUAAAGGAGCCCCACAGAGAAGAAAACGGACAGUAAAUCCAUACCUGCAGGGACAGAAAUUGGACAAUGUUGUAGCCAAGAAGUCUGUUCCACAUUUUUCUGGCGAAGAAGAGGAAUAAGCAGAACCAAAUGAUUGAGUCGCGGGUGCUGUGAUCUGGCUCGGCGUCCUAUCUGCUGCUUCAGAGCCCCACUGACUGGCAGUAUGUUUAUUAUUUAUAGACCUGUGAAUGGGAAACAGCUGGAUUUAUAACAUUAUGUUGUCAUAGAUAAUAAAAAAUAUAGACUUCUGCUUUCUGUUAAAUUAGAGGAUUGGUAUCUUUUUUUUUUUUUUUUUUUCUUGUGUUUUUUUUUUAGUUUUAGUUUUUUUUUUCUUUUUUUUUUUUGAAUGUUAAAAAAAAAUAAAAAAAAAAAAUUAACCAUUUCAGUCCUACCGCUUUGGACUUUGUAUUAGAUGAAAAUGCAAACUAUUUUUACUAUGUGAUCUAGUGACCUGGCCGCUGUUCCAAGUCACUACCUAGCAGAAUUAGGUGUUACGCAAUAAAGUUUUCAACCCACA